AUGUCUAUACCUUUCUAUCUAUCUAUCUCUGUUUAUAUCUAUCUAUUUCUGUUCCUAUUUAUCCAUCUGUCUAUUUAUCUCAGAUCCUAUCUAUCUGUUUCUAUCUAUCUUCCUAUCGAUCAAUCUAUGCACCUUUCUAUCUCUUUUCAUAGCUAUCUCUAUCUUCCUAUCCAUCCAUCUAUGUUUCUAUGUAUAUAUCUAUGUUCCUCACUAUCUAUCCCUAUCUAUGUUCCUAUCUAUCUAUCCCACUAUCUAUCUCUGUUCAGAUCUAUCUAUUCAUCUCUAUUCCUAUCUAUCUCUGAUCAAAUAUAUCUCAGUUCAUACCUAUCUAUAUAUAUAUAUCUGUUCAUAUCUGUCAAUCUAUGUUCUUAUCUAUCUAUCUAUCUAUCUAUCUAUCUAUCUAUCUAUCUAUCUAUCUAUCUAUCUAUCUAUCACUGUUCAUAUCUGUUUCUAUGA